AUUCAUUAAUCUAACAUUCCCAAACCUUAAUAUUCACAGCAGUACAGGAUUCUUCCCACUCCUGAACCAUCCCCGAGAAAACCAAAGACAGCCUGGCACAUAAUAAGUAAUUAGAAGUGAAUGGUACAGGACAUAAAGUGAAAUGGAAAAACAAUCUAUCAGCGAAGCUCUUAAAAUUCGACAAACUUGGAAACAGGUGAUGGUCAAUGCUAUUUUUCUUUUCUGCUAUGUUGUAUAACUUGGAUUAACUGCACGUACAAGUUAUCUUGACUGGGAUCUCUAUAAUUACAGUAAUUACUGGUGAAUCAGUUGAGCAUUAUUAUGAUGAUGUAGGCCUACUGAUGUAGGCUCAAAUGAUUAAGUGUGCUUGUGUAAAGGGUUACACAUAGAGCAAUCUGAGCUAAGUCUAGGAGUCAUUUGGCCCCAUGAACCAAACGGCAAAUGAUAAUCAACCUGACUGUUCUUUGGGAGUAGAAUUUGACGUAGUAGCAGACUCCCCGAAAAGGGAUAAUGUGUCAGAUCUAAAAAUUAAAUAACUCUUCUGUAUUCUAUAGGAAAUUAUUACAGUGUUGUGGUGAGCAUGUCAGAAUGCAAUUUAGACCAAUGUUGGUCUUGGCAUCUUGGGACAAGACCAACUUCUUUCUCUCUCCAGCAUGCUCAAAUAAUCAACACUCGGACACUCUAGGCCAACUACUAUUCUGUGCAAAACCGUUGCCACCACUAAGAACUUGCUGAUUCAUGAUUCACUGCUAGUAAUUAAAUUAAUUUCUAAAUUGGCUGAAUACAAUCAGGAAUCACGUCGGAGCUAGAUUAUCAUAGCUAGCUAGAUAACAAUUACUGUCAACUAACGCUAACGUCGAGGCAAGUUAAAGAGGAAAUGCAAAUACAUUUUUGAUUUCUGUUCUUGGCAUUCUUCCAAAUGGCGCGUGAGCCGUCUAAGUAGUGCCCUAUAUCCUUUGCGGAGUCUUAAAACUGGCUUACUUGACGCAAACUAAGUGCAAAUGUACUGGGCAUAUUACAAGUAGGCUAUCUGACGAACUGCCAGCUAUAAACAUUACGUUUACGUUAGAUUGGGUUUUGUUCUGUUUGCUGUGGGCAUUUCGGAGACGGCCAUUGCAAAAUGUGCGAUCAACAACUGCGGGGACAACUCUGAAAAGCACUGUGCAAACCAGAAAUGAAUGGAAACUUACAACAUUUGCGAGACAUCGCUUUCACGAUGGUGUGGGGGGAUCGGCAUGUCCGGGUCCGGAGAUCAAGGUUAAAGGUGGUUCAUGCCCCAAAAACCUGCGGAAGAACAGGCUUGGAGGCGACGCAAAGCUUCGUGGACCUGCGGUUCGCGCUGGAGCCGGCCGACGCGGUGACGGUACGAGGCGGCGUCCUGCAGCUGGACUGCGAGGCCCUGUCGGACCAGGGCACCCCCGCCCUGGCCUGGAAGAAGGACGGGGUCCUACUGAGCACGGUGGUGGACGAGAGGAGGCAGCAGCUGGCCAACGGCUCCCUGGUCGUCCAGAACGUGGUCCACUCGCGGCACCACAGGCCCGACGAGGGCUCCUACCAGUGCCUGGCGUCCCUGGAAGGGGUGGGUGCCAUCAUCAGCCGGACGGCCAAAGUUACCGUCUCCGGGCCCCUGCGCGUGGUGGUGCCCACAGAGUCGGUGUCGACCCACCUGGGGGACACGGCACUGCUGCGGUGCGAGGUGACGGGGGAGCCCAUGCCCGUGGUGCACUGGCAGAAGAACCGCGAAGACCUGCCCGCCGCCGCCGCCUCCGCUUCCGCCUCCACCUCCGCCACCGCGCCCGAGAGCCGCCUGGUGGUGCUGCCGUCGGGCUCGCUGCAGGUCAGCCGGGUGCAGCCGCCCGACUCCGCCACUUACCGCUGCCUCGCCGAGAACCCCGGCAGCGCCCGCACCGGCAACGACGCGGAGCUCCGCGUACUGCCAGAGCCUGGUGUGACGCGGGGCUUGGUGUUCCUGCAGAGGCCGAUAGCAGUGACCGCCGUUGAAGGGAAAGAUGCUGUUUUAGAGUGCUCUGCCUCCGGUUUCCCAACCCCCUCCUUUUUCUGGAUGCGGGGCAGUGAAAUCAUCGAAACAAGGUCAAAGAAGUACACCUUGCUUGGUGGGAGCAACCUCUUGAUCAAAAGUGUGACCGAUGACGACUCAGGUACCUACACCUGUGUGGCACACAACAAGAACGAGAACAUCAGUGCCUCCUGUGAGCUCUCUGUCCUGGUGCCUCCCCAAUUUCUGAAUUACCCCUCAAACCUGUAUGCUUAUGAGACGACGGACAUCGAGAUGGAGUGUGAGGUGACUGGGAAGCCCUCUCCCACUGUCCGCUGGGUGAAGAAUGGAGAGGUGGUCAUUCCCAGCGAUUACUUCCAGAUCCUGGGCGGAAGUAACCUCCAGAUUCUCGGUCUGGUGAAGUCGGACGAGGGCUUCUACCAGUGCGUGGCGGAGAACGACGCAGGGAACGCCCAGGCCAUGGCCCAGCUGAUCCUCCGGGAGCCAGUUGUCCCCAGCUCAGGCGCCCUCCCCUCCGCUCCCCGUGAUGUGGUCCCUGUCCUAGUGUCCAGCCGUUUUGUGCGCCUCAGCUGGCGCCCCCCAGUGGAGACCCACGGGAACAUCCAGACCUAUACCAUCUACUACACACAGGAGGGCGUUAACAGGGAACGGUCUACGAAUGUGUCUGAGGCUGGGACACUGCAGUUCACUGUCAGCAACCUGAAACCAGAGGCAACGUACAGCUUCAGGGUCCUGGCCUACAACGAGCUCGGUCCAGGAGAGAGCUCACAGCCUGUCACGGUCUCCACACAGCCAGAGUUGCAGGUCCCUGGGCCUGUGGAAAACCUCCAGGCCGAGGCCGUCUCCCCCACUUCCAUCCAGAUUUCCUGGGACCCGCCCGCCUACGUCAACAGCCCCAUCCAGGGGUACAGGAUACUGUGGAAGGAGACAGUGGCUGAGACAGAGCAGGUCGUGGAGGUGAAUGGUCAGAGCUACAAGCUGGAGGGGCUGAAGAAAUUCACCGAAUACUCCGUACGGGUCCUGGCUUACAACCGCUAUGGCCCCGGCGUCACCCCCGAAGACCUGCUUCUCACCACGCUUUCUGACGUGCCAAGUUCUCCUCCUCAAAACAUCUCCUUAGAAGUCGUCUACUCACGGAGCAUUAAGGUCAACUGGCAGCCUCCUCCUUCGAACUCCCAGAACGGAUUCAUCACAGGUUACAAAAUCCGGCACAGGAAGACAGGUCGAAGAGGGGAUCAGGAGACAAUCGAGCCGAAUAACUUCUGGUACCUUUUCACGGGCCUGGAGAAAGGGAGCCAGUACAGCUUCCAAGUGGCCGCCAUGACCGCCAACGGCACUGGCCCGGCCAGCGAGUGGUACACCGCAGAGACGCCCGAGAACGACCUCGACGAAACACAGGUUCCAAACCAGCCCAGUUCUCUACACGUCCGCCCACUACCCAACAGCAUUAUCAUGAGUUGGACUCCGCCUCUGAACCCCAACAUAUUAGUCAGGGGGUACAUUAUUGGGUACGGAGUGGGUAGCCCCUAUGCUGAAACUGUCAGAGUGGACAGUAAACAACGCUAUUACUCCAUUGAGAACCUAGAGCCCAGCUCCCACUAUGUCAUCUCCCUGAAGGCCUUCAACAAUGCUGGGGAAGGGGUUCCACUGUACGAAAGUGCCGUGACAAGGUCUCUAACAGAUACCUCCACCCCCAUGAUCCCCCCAGUAGGUGUACAGGCCGUGGCCCUGAGCCCCGACUCAGUGCGGGUCAGCUGGGCCGACAACUCCGUGUCCAAAAACCAGAAGACUGCUGAGGUGCGCUUCUACUCUGUCAAGUGGAAGACCAGCUACUCCACCAGUGGAAAGUACAAGUCAGCAGACACCACCGCCCUCAGUCACACCGUGACCGGACUCAAGCCCAACACCAUGUACGAGUUUGCUGUGAUGGUGACCAAGGGACGCAAGUCCAGCACGUGGAGUAUGACGGCGCACGCCACCACCUACGAAGCAGCUCCCAGCUCCGCCCCCAAGGACCUGACGGUAAUCAGCCGGGAGGGGAAGCCCAGAGCCGUCCUCAUCAGCUGGCAGCCACCCAUGGAGGCCAACGGCCGAAUCACAGGAUACAUUCUGUUCUACACACUGGAUAAGAAUAUGCCCAUUGAUGACUGGGUAAUGGAGUCCAUCAGUGGUGAUCGCCUCACUCACCAGGUCAUGGACCUCAACCUGGAUACAGUCUACUAUUUUCGUAUCCAGGCCAAGAACUCCAAGGGGGUGGGCCCCCUCUCUGACCCCAUUCUCUUCAGGACCUCCAAAGGUGACCAUCCAGACAAAAUGGCCAACGACCAAGGUCGCCAUGGAGACGGAGGCUACUGGCCAUCUGACAAUAACCUGAUUGAUAGGAGCAGCCUGAACGAGCCUCCGAUUGGUCAGAUCCGGCCCCCCCACGGCAGCGUGACCCCGCAGAAAAACAGCAACCUGCUGGUGAUAAUUGUGGUGUCGGUGGGGGCCGUCACCAUCAUCGUGGUCGUUAUCGUGGCCCUGAUCUGCACCCGCCGCUCGUCCGCCCAGCAGAGGAAGAAACGAGCCACCCACAGUGCGGGGAAAAGGAAAGGCAGCCAGAAGGACCUGCGCCCUCCCGACCUGUGGAUCCACCACGAGGAGAUGGAGCUGAAAAACAUCGAGAAGCCCUCCAGCGCCGCCCCCUCGGGUCGAGACUCACCCAUGCAAGGCUGCCAGGAAAUCACCCCUGUCAGUCACAGCCAAUCAGAAAGCCAGAUGGGGAGCAAGAGCAGCCACUCAGGUGCUGAUGGCGAUGAGGCAUCCAGCAGCAUAUCCACUCUAGAGCGCUCCCUAGCUGCUCGGAGGGCGACGCGCACCAAACUGAUGAUCCCCAUGGACUCACAGCCCAGCAACACACCUGUUGUGAGUGCCAUCCCAGUGCCCACCCUGGAGAGUACCCAGUACCCAGGGAUCCUGCCCUCGCCCUCCUGUGGGUACCCUCACCCCAAGUUCACCCUGCGGCCAAUGCCCUUCCCUACGCUCACUGUGGACCGCAGCUAUGCCACAGCCAUGCCAGGUGAGGGUACCACUCCGCAUGCCCAACCGCAGACCCUGAUCCCCAGUUCGCAGUCAGAGCACGCCAGCACAGAGGAGGCGCCCAGCCGGACCAUCCCCACCGCCUGCGUGCGCCCCACCCACCCACUGCGCAGCUUCGCCAACCCCCUCCUGCCGCCCCCCAUGGGCACCAUUGAGCCCAAAGUCUACACGCCGCUGAUGCCCCAGUCAAGUGCCAGCCUCCCCAAGGCUCAGGUGAAGACAGCUUCCCUGGGGCAGGCUGGGAAGGCCAGGUCCCCUCUGCUUCCGGUUUCCGUGCCAACUGCGCCAGAGGUUGCCGAAGAGGGGCACAAACAGCCAGAGGACCCAGCUAGUGUGUAUGAACAGGAUGACUUGAGUGAGCAAAUGGCCAGUCUAGAAGGUCUAAUGAAGCAACUGAACGCCAUCACCGGCUCGGCCUUUUAACGCCGGCGUCUUCAGCAGCACACCAGAACUGAACCAUCACAGCACAGCAGUACUCCACCUUCAGAUGGACAAAAGGGAGAUGGCCCAUGCCCUCAGACACUCCAUCCUGAGUGAUGUCACUCAUCUAUCCUGAGUGAUGUCACUCCUCCAUCCUGAGUGAUGUCACUCCUCUAUCCUGAGUGACGUCACCUCUGCUACACCCUUUUUCAGUUAAUCAGCCUGGAAGAGAUGGACGAGGAAAGGGAAAAAAAAACUAAACUUUGGAAUUUGGAAUUUAUUUCCCCUUUAAACCCUGAGUUCAUGUCUCAGCAUUCCAUUUUUAGGUUUUUUUUUUACUUCAGUUGACCAUGCUGAUUCCCAUCUUCUGGUGAAAUUCGUGAAGACAAGUGGGAAGAGCUCAGUUAUUUUGUCAUCAUUUUUCCACAAAAGUGGGAUACGUUCUGUUUUUUUCUUUUCUUCAGAAAUGACACUAGAAAACAGUAGCAGUGUAAGUGGUGAUUGGUGAUUGUGUAGCAGUUAGAUAGCCUUUGUAUUCAUUCAUAUGCAUGACAGAGUGGGUCAUAGUACCUUCCUUAAGCAUGCAUACACAUUAAUAUGAUGUAUGCAUGUUUGGAUGCAUCAAAAUACAUUUUUAUAACCCAACUUCCAUAAUACUUUAUACAGUAUGACAUGGAGAAACUAUUGUGACACAGUAAAUGACUACCAGUAGUGAAAAGUUGAAUGCAGGAUUUUUUCUCCACAGAUUUUGAUCAUAACCAUUGCAAUGAGUCCAUAGUUUUUUACAGAAGUUUCAUAUUUUUCAAAACAUGACUUUAUGGCGCUUGUGUAUAUUUGUAUUCUUAUGGUGUAUCCAUACAUCAGAAAUAAUGAAGUCGUUGUUACAGAGGUCUGUAAUUAUAGUUGAUAUAAAGCAUUAUGGAAGUAUGGCUGUGUACUCUUUUGAUACAUCCAGCAUAAUACCUUAUGCUUACACUUGUAAAAUUGUAUUGUGUUUGGGUGCUUAUGUCAUGUGCUAUGACCCUCUUGUUUCAUGCAUAUGAAUGCGUAUAAAGGCUUAAUGAAUGCUAAAUAACUGCCACCCAACGAAUUUCUGAAAACAGCCUCAGGUAGUGGCUUGUGGAGAACAGAUAAAUGGAGACAACGAACUAGUGUCACCAGACCCUUGGGCCAUUGGAUUUUUUUGCAUCUAUGUUUUGUAUAUAUUUUUUAGCAUUUAUGUUUCAUGUCUUUUCCACACAGCAGUAAACAAUCACAAACAGGACAACUUCAGAACAUGGAAAAACCUUUAGUUUCAAGACUUUUUUUUCCUUUCAGUUUUUUUCCAGAGUUUUCUUGAAACCCCCAAAUGAACAUAUAUUCCAGACUGAGCUUUUCAUUUCACUGGUAUAUUGUCAUACUGACAUAUUGAGGCUGAAACCAUUCACACACCCUUUCGCACCAUUGUGGAACCAUGAUCGGACACCCGAAAUUGAUCACAGCCAAAAUGUUCCAUUUCUGAAUCUCUUAGGAUCUGUUACAGGCUUUCAGUCAAAAACUAACUCUGGAAACAUACCUCUGUUGCAAGGUUGGAGCAAAAUAGUAAAAGAAAAAAAGGACAAUCCUCGGAUAGGAUGUUUAGGAAGUGUCAGAGAGAGGUUUGUUUUGAGCUUGCUCUCAUUGGACAUCCCAUCACCUCUCCAUCUAAAGACAGUUGUGCUGAGACUCUGAUUGAGAACUGCCCAUUGCCACUCCUGGAGUCUCCAUGGGGGUGAACCUAACUACUUUGGAAGCGAGUUCCAAAAUUCAAGCAUGAACGAUUAGCCAUCUCUCAAAAUGGCCGCACCCUCUGAGCUCUUUUCAUCACAUGCAAAAGAAGGGAAAGGACCUCGCAAGAAAGAGGUUGGAAAGACACACAGGACUCUACUGAGUUGCUUUCUGUGGAACACUCUAUGCUACACUUCUUUUGACUGGGUGACAGUUUUUGCUUAUUUUGAUGUCUGUUUUUAUGGGAUUUAAAAAAAAAACCUGCUUUGAAGUAGCAUUUCAACACUCAAAGUUGGCCGUGAGACCGGCUGAAGUUCACCGGGUUCUUCAAUAUCUUCAGAUGGUUAUUUUUAUAUGGGAACAUUUUCAAUGCACAUGCAGCAUAGUAUAUUUUUUACACCAACAACUAAGUCACAGCCGUGCAGCCAUUUUAAAGUUCAGUUUUAAUUUUCUGACUGUUUACCUUGCUUUACAUUACAAGCAACAUUCACUGAGAUCAUCCUACCCUUAGCCUUACAGCAAACCGUGGCAGAAGAAAUCAUCCACUGUAGUGAUAAAUAAGAGUAAUUUGCAUCGUAAUGAAACAUUAAUAUAUUUCUGUUUGACUUUAUCAUACUAUAUUCAAACAAAAAUGAGUGUAGAUGUUGUAGUGUAAUUUAGAAAAUAAUAAAAUGAGAAGUGACUUCUUGUGACCAUUUCAAAUACGCUGAUUCCAACAAUUGCCUCAAUACAAUUACAGGCUUGUAUUUAUUUUAACUGCAGUAUGCUUUUGUCCAAAACUUUGAAAAUAAAUUUUUGAAAAUGUUACAUUUUUAAAUGACAUGACAUGUUGUGUCUGACGGCCAUUGGAAAGUGCAAAUGAUGUGUUGCUUGGUGUAAGAAAUUAAAAAAAAGGAAUAUUUCUUAAAUCUUAAGGCAAAGGCUAAUUGUGGACUGGAUAGUUCUAGAACACAUUGAUGAUGAAAAUGAAUAUCGGUGAACUGAUUCUGGUGCCUGUGCAACUGCACUCAUGUACAAUGAAGUAGACACAAGGAGCAUCCUGAUCACUGUGUUAACACUGUUUUUCCUUGUUUCAUGAACGGCAUUAUUGUCCUUGCUGAAAUCCUGUUGUCUUCAUCUUUUUGGUCUUAAAACCUGUUAUAUGUGCCUAUCUUUUAUUUUCCUUUGUUUUAUUUAAUUUAAUUUUUUUCUGUUGUCACUUUAUUUGAAAAGAGACCCACCAGUGCAUUUUUCCUUGCCCUGAAGUUGAACAACUUCAAAAGCAGAGGGGGUUGAGUGAGUCAGGGGGAGCAUUAGAAACUGCGUAUUGUUCCUUUCUGGAAGAUGACUCAAAUCUCCUAACGUGGCCCGAUACAUUUUCCUGUGUGCUGAACGUGUGUUUUAAUGUUGAAAGAAGAACAUUGCAGUGAGGGAACAUGAAGAUUCAGAUAUUCAAUUUUUUAUUGUACAGUUCCAUAGAACGAUUGAAGGGAAACAUUUCCAACAUGUUGGCUGUGUAUUGUGUGUAUUGGGAAGGGAGGGAGGGGAGGGUACUUUAUAUGAUUAAAAUUAAUAUAUUAUUUAUAGUGGUACUUUUUGAUAAUUUAUGAAGACAGUGUGAUCUUAUUGAACAUUUAGCUUAGCCUUGUUUUAACAAAGCAGAUUUGAAAAUCAUUUUAGUUUUUCUGACAAGGAAGGUUGCAUGGGAAUGGCCCUUCGUCACUCCCACAUCAGGAUGGUGUUGUCUCUUGAUAGGUACCUUUUCCCACAGUUCCAUGGGCCAAAAUUUUAAAGCCUUAGAGAUAUUUUUGCAUUACAGCAAACCAUUUAGCAGGACCACACUGCUUAUUUAAGCCUUCUGCUAGUCUCAGAAUUAAUUAUUAAUGUCCGUAAUUAAAGCUGCAAUCUAACUUGCUAAGGAAACAGGGCAUUUCCCUGUAAUAAAUUGAUGCUGUUUGUAUCAUCAGUCAUAAAUCAAUGUUUUUGGUUUUAGAUUAAUAUUAUAUAAAUGACCAUACAGUGACUGUGCAUCAUAUGUGAAGUUAUCUUAAUGUGGACUUCAUAUUUUUACCUGUCUUGAAUAAUCCGUCCAUAUUAUUUAUAAAUUAUGUGCCAAGACAUAUGAUUAGUAACAUAGAAUUUAUUUAUUUACAUUUAUCAGAAUCCUUUUUUUUCUUACUUUUUUAAAAAACUAUUCUUCUAAAACCAUUUUCACAGGGUUUAGGAAUGUUAGCUUUGUGUAAGUCUGAUGUUUAAUUUGAAGGUACUGGGUCACUCUUUAAGGCUUUGAAGUAAACUAGUGUCAAACAAGAUGACUGUCCAAACUACAGGUGAGUAAUACUGUAUGACAAAGGCAGGGAAACAUCCACCCUGGUCAGGUGGCGUGGAAAACUUUACAUAAUUUUCAGUUCUACCACCACAACUGAAAGGGUUUCCUGUUGCUUUUUAUUUUUACUUUUUUUUAAAAAGAUUACACUGUUCUCUUGUCUUUACAACCUUUAGCAAAGCACUUGCUCUGUUACUUCUCAUUUUUUCAGUGUGCAACAGGUUAUUCAGGAAAGUAAUAUUGUAUUCUAAUGUGUAUGCAGCCUCUGUAAAGUUGCCCCUGUAUGUUAAUAUGGAGGGAAGCGCCACAUGAAAGUAUAUCUUUAAAAUGUUUAUUAAUAUGUUUAGGAUUUGUUGUAAAUCUUGGCUAAGAUUUAAAAAUUGGCAGUAACUUUUCAAGCCGAAUGGGCGGACCACACUGAGGUGUCUUGCGUUAAAACUAGAUCUCACCUUACUAUUUACGCUUGCAAUUUUAAAAAGCAUGAUUAAUUUGACACAUCUGUCCAGUAAACUGGAUCCAAAUCAGAGCUGAAAUUUGUCCAAGUCCAAAUCCCAUUAUGGUUCAGACAGUGUCACUGUGGGAAGGGGCCAUCUGCAACCGAUUUCGCAUGGACUCAGAUUCCUGCGCAAAAUGGCGCCUCUCUGAAUCGGAAGGUGAUUUUCAGGAUGCCAGAUGUGCUGAUGAAACCAUAUCUGGCCUAAUGGAGUAUGCGGUUGUCCUCAUUAAAGAAUCAGCGCACCAUUAAAAGGGGGCGCCUUGCUGUGGACCAAUGCCUCUUGCAGGUUUAGAGGUCAGGGUUAUGCGUUUUAUCUGUUGUAGCGGCUUUCCUACGGGAGGCCUUGACAGUGAACCGUUUGGCAAACCUGCCAACUGAGCCUAGGCUCGGCGCCUAAAGAGCACGGAGGUGGUAUAUGUGCAUGAUCCCAUUGUCUCCUAUGAGGUGUACCACAAUUUUACAUUUCACUUGUUAACAUCAACUCAGUUUUUUUUAUUAUUAUUAUGCGUGUAACUGCACAUUAGACAUGUUUUUUUUUUCCUGUCGUUUUUUUAUUUUUAUUAUUUUUAUAUAUACAUAUAUGUUGGAGAAAAGACCUAGGUAUUUGAACAUUUGACUUCAUCCUUAAAUUGUCAAAUUCUAGCAUUGUUAACCAAAUUAGAUUAGUGAUUGAAAUAUUUAAGUGUACAAUUUGUUCCUUUGAGGAUAGGGGAAGAUGUUGCAUAAUGUACAGAAGAACAACAACUCUGGCUGUUUCUACCCACAAUCUUGUAUACAAUUGCUGGUUUUGUAAUGCACUGUAGAGCAGUCCAAUGUUCCUUUUUUUAUAGAAAUGUUAUUUCAAUGGUGCAUUCUUUUUGUUUGAUAAAUAAAGUUUUUGAUAUAAAAUUC